AUUAUUUUGUACUUUAGCGUUUAGUAUUUGUCCAUAUUCUGAAUAAUAUCGUCAAGACAUCGACCUUGUGGCCUUGUUCCCCCGGAGGACACUUCAAGUUCAUAUAAUAAGUAAUAACUAUUAAAUAUUAUUAUUGACCAGUGACAAUUAUUGCUCAAUUCAACGAUAGUUAUUACUGUGACCAGUAACCAGUGACACAGUAAUCAACUAAAUAUCUUGUUAGGUAAGAACGUUGGCAAACGUCUUUAUUCCCAAAUCAUGUCUGCCGUCUACAAAGCCGUAAUUUCAGCAGCCGACAAAGUUGUACCGCGGGGCUUGAGGCCACUUUGGGAACAUCCGGCGGGUCCAAAGACUAUUUUCUUCUGGGCACCCGCAUUUAAAUGGGGUUUAGUUAUUGCUGGCAUUGGAGAUAUUACCCGUCCAGCAGAAAAAAUUAGUAUUUCUCAAUGCUCAGCAUUAGCUGCUACUGGCAUUGUGUGGUCACGAUAUUCACUUGUCAUCAUACCGAAAAACUGGAGUUUAUUUAGUGUUAAUGUUUUUGUUGGUGCUACAAAUAUAUACCACUUGGUCAGAGCUUUUAUAUACCAACAAGAACAAAAGAAAGCAUUGGAAAAUGGCAGUAUAAGUGAUAGUUAAUUUAAUGUGUUUUAAAUUAAUUCAACUAUAAAAUAAUUUUUCUAUGUUUUUGUUGUAUAAAAUUAAUUAAAAAUUAUUCUAUUUGUAAUGAUGGUAAAUUAUUUGUGUAGUUGAAAUAAUAAUAUAAACAUUACCAUAAUGUAAUGAAAACCAAAUUCAUAUAAUUGCUUAGAUAAAUAAAAAAAUAUUAUACAAGUA